UCCGUCGUCACUUCUAUCAAUCAACAACAUAGCAGGAUAAGAUAAUCUAGAUUUAGAUCCUGAUUUAGACAGUUAUUAAAACAAACCUUUUUCAUAAAUAUGACUUAAAUACAAGAUCAAGUAAACCAAAUAACUAGGUUAGGUCUGUACACAGUCAGUGUAAAUAUGGGAGACCUAGGGCAUUCCAACUCUAGUGUGAAUAGAUUUGAAAUUUUCAAAAUGGGACUGACUCCACAUUAUCAGUCAAGUGAUAAGAUGGAAAAAUUGGAUGAGCGGCUUCUUGGAUUUGAACUUCUACUCUUUCGAAGGUUUCAGCAACAGCCAACUCUGUGGUAUGAGUGGCGUGAACGUCUGCGGAAAAGAGCAGACCCUGGGGCAGCGGAAGAUCUAGAGGCAGCUUGCACUAAUGAUGAUUCAACAUUAAUGACUUUAGAGUCAUUAGAAGAGCUAGGGUUUGGUGAUAUUCAUCAAGAUUUGUGGUUCCUCUCUGUUAUGAUUCAUAGACGCCCUCGACAUUUGUUAGAAUUUGUGAAGGAAGAAAUUGAGAGAGAAAAGUGCAAAAAGUUUCCAAAAUAUGGAGAAACCCUAAUGAUGCGGUACUUAAACCUACACAACUUCACAGUUCUAAGUCUUGACAGCAUGUUUAAAUUUGGUGAUGACAAUCGAUUACCUAGAGAAAUAUUCAGAUGCCCAAAUGUGAAAUAUUUAAGCCUUAAGUACAACAGUUUGGAGUAUUUACCUUGUGAUAUUGGACGAAUGUCAAACCUGGAAUACCUAGCACUAACUAAUAAUAAACUUUCUGUGUGGUCCCUACCAUAUUCACUCACAUUUUUAACACAUCUACACACUUUGUAUUUGGAUAAUAAUUUGCUGGAUGCUUUGCCUGGGUUUUUACCUUAUCUGCCAGCACUUGAAACUGUUCAUCGCCAUGGAAACCAUAAUUACUUUAAGUCCACCUUCAUGUGGUACCACACAGAUGUUAAUCUUCGUAUUAUUCCAGUUACUUGUGAAACACAGGCCUAUGGAAAGCAUGAAAGUCUUCAGUUCUGGGCAGCUAAAGCUUUAAUUGGUUCAAAAAGAAAUUUCUUUGAAGACCCAAACAUUGUUCCAGUGUUGAAAGAUUAUAUAGCAGAUAUUUAUCGGCUCUUCAAUAUCUGUCAUCACUGUGACAAAGCAUGUCUAUCUAAUACUAAUGGUUUCAAGGUGAUAACUUUCAAGAAUCCAUACUUAGGGAACACCUGUGUUCCUUUUCAGCACUGGGCCUGCUCUCGAGACUGUGCUAGGGCUGUUGAGAUCCCAGCUCGCCUGGAACAAAUAUCUGCAGCCAAAGAACUAGAUCUACGCUAUGAAAACUACAUCAAAGAGUGCAUACGUAAAUUUUCCACAUGCAGGCAUCCCCGUAGUGUGUUGUCUUGUGCUUCCAGGUCAUCAGAACACACCUGCGGAACUGAACUUGACAUUCAAAACAAAUGGCCAAGUAGUGGCUGCAGUGAAAUCCCCAGAAGACACAGGAAAAAGAAGAAAAGCUCAAAGAGUUUUGGCCCACCAGACUCUGUGAAGACAAAGUGUGGCUGUGUGAUAUCUUGAUAGAAGGAAGGGAGGGGACUAUGAGAGAUGAAUAUCUUGUGUUGGGAGAUAACUUACUAAGCACGAGCCAUGUCUUUUGAGAUUUUGAUAUGUCAAUACCAGUUCACUUGAAUUAAGUCCCCUUAAUGGUUUAUUUUAUGUUGUGUUAUAAUUCUAUUUAUCUGUGGUAUCUGAAGAUUUAUAUAUUGCUUUUUAGACUGAAACUAAUAUGGUAUUUGAAAGACUACAAAACAUAGUUUAUUUAAAAACAUUUUUUAUAGUAAUUUUUUUACAAUGAAAACAAAGAUUAAUCAACUAUUUAAAUGUUUAGAAAGGUGUUUUAACUUCAGUAACAUCAAUAAAACACAGCUUCAAGAAAAUCUUGUGUUGAAACUCUCAAGUAUCAAGUCUUUCUUCAAAAUGUUUUAUCUUUUAUGACAGCUCCAUUUAAGCAAUCUUUAGUUCAUGGCCAUCACAUUUCAAUCACUUUGCAAUUCUUAUACAUCUUGGAUUAACAAUAAUUGUUCCUGUAUUUAUACUAAAAGAAUAAUUUGAAUAGUUUUACUUCAAGUUAAGUCUGUAGUGAAGAAUAGAGAUGUAAAAAACACUUUGGAAUGUCUUAAAUAUUUUUUAAUCAGCUCAACAAGCAGGGUUAAUGUUACUAAUUUAUUUUUUCUACAUUUUAAAACAUCUUUAGCAUUUUCAUACAUACUAAAGCAUCAACCAUCUGUUAUUAUUAAGUUUAGUAUGAGAUUAAUGAAACUAAAUUUUGAACUUCACAAACUCAUUCAUGACAGUGUAUGUUACAGCAGCCAUCUAUAAAUGAUUUCCAACCUUGUACAUUAAUUUUCACUGUCUUUCAAAAGAUUGAGAACAAUUUCAGCUGAGCUCUGCAUAAAGGCUUAAUCUUUCACUUUGGUACUGUGGGGUUAUGCUUUGGUGCAGCCCACAAAAAUACGUUUGCAUUUAUAUCACUGUUUGACUGUCUUUGUAUGCUGUAAAACAAUUCACAAUGUUGAGAUUUGCAUGAACCAUUUGAUGUACCUCCUUAAUAUCUGUUGAUGUAGACAUACAUUGUUUUUACACAUUGUGAUAUAAUUACUGGUAGCUAAUAUCAGAAAGUACUUGAUUUUAGAUGUUUACAGAUAUAUUCUAACUAUUGAACUUGAAUAUUAGUUUUGGUUCUUCUGUAUUUGUUAAGUUGUACCUUUAAUCAGUUUAAAGUGUAUUCUUUUUUAGUACAAAAAGUAAUAUAUAAUGAAUAUAAAAUUUAAGAUGUUUUAAUGACAUAUAGGCUAUGAAAAAAGAAAAUGCCUUGGGUUGAAUACAUUACAUUGAUGUAAUUUUGAUGUGGCUUCACCAUUCUUGUACAUUUAAAUACUAGUCAAAUCUGUGAUUUUGUGAUGACUGAUUAAAAGGUUUAUAAAAAUGAAGAAUUAAUUGAACCAGUAGUUAUUUUCAGGAAAAGUUUAUAUUUAAAAGCUAUUGUCAAACAUUACAAAACAGUAAAUAUUUGAAUAAUGGUUGUUCAAACUGUUCUGCCAGAAUUGUCUGCCCUUGUUUUAUUUUUUCAUGUUUUAUUCCCAUUAUAUUUAUUGUUAUUAUAAGUUUUCAUAAAACAUUAUUACUUUUUUAUAUAAAAAUUUUAGUGAUCAUGAUGCUCUCAAUAUUAACUAUUUUGAGCUUAUUUAACUUUUAGCAAUACAUAUUUGUAUUAUAAAAUUUAGCAUUCAACUGCAGUAAAUUGCCUUAUAUUAUUGUUUUCCUUAACUUUGGCUUAACAAUGUUUGGUGUUUUAAGGUAAGAAACAUUUUCACCACUAGAGUAGCAUAGUUGUUACACAAAAAUUCUCAGUGUAAUUGAGCAUUUUCCUUCCACUCUCACUUUACAUAUUACCAUUUUAUUAAGUUUUUAAAAUAUUCACUAAACUUUCUAGCCAAAAUGAUCAAUGUUUUUUCUUACAUUUUAAUGAUUGAUGUUUAUUCACCGUAACAAGUAAUUUUGUUAAACAAAAUUUAUUAGCUUGAAAUCAAAAGAAAAUUUGCAUUUUCUGUGUUAGAUUCAAAUGAGGGGUUUAAUUUAUUUAAAAUAUGGUAUUUAAUUUAAUAUAUUGAAACAUAUUUUGUACAAAAUAACAAUGUAAAUUAAUGAUUGAAUCUCUUUGCAUCAGUUAAGAAUUAUAAAAUAAAUCUCAAAAUUUACUUGCUUUACUUUUAAUAGCGUGGGGCAUCUCUUCUGUUCACAAUUUAAGGCUUACUCUAAUUGGAUAGUGUUUUUAAAAAUACAAUAAGCACCUCCCAAUUUUUCUUUGAGUAACUUUUUUUUCACUCAUUCUAUACAUUUUUAUCCAUUAAAAACAAAAAAGUCCUUAAAUUUCAAAAUCUUUAUCUGCAACAUUAUUUACAUUUAAAACCUCUUUUGGUGAAUGCAGUAAUGAAUGUACUCUCUGUAGCCUACCUGAUUGAAAUAUUUUCUUGUGUUCUAAUUAAUGGCCCACUUUGACAUAAUAAAACAUGUAUGUUUUACUUGUAUUAAAAACGUUGGAGUAUAAGGUUUAUUCUAAAGAAAAAAAAUAAUUAAAAUUCAACACUGGGCUCACAUGUUCUGCUGUUUUUGUUAUUUAAAAAUUUAACACAAACAUUACAGAAUUUAUUUCCAGAAUUUUUUUGGUACAAUCCUGGGAGCUUUAAAACAAGCUGUUUUGAAAUUCUACUGUCUAUAGCUUAAUUGUAUUGUCUUGAAGAAUAGCUUAAACUUUAUAAAGUACUCAUUGUAGGUAAAUUAAUCUCAUUUUUUAAUUUCAUGUAACUAUAUUUCAUGUUUUACAUCCCCACUGUACUGGUAUUACCUGAUUUUAUGUUGGUUAUUUGUAUUCUCUUUCCUUUUCACUAGAAAGUUGUGGUUGGCAAACCUGUGCAAGCUGGUUUUCAUUCUCUAGCUGAAGGUGGCAAGUUGAUGACCAGGUUCUAGUAAUUUUAUUUAGUGUUGAAAAUGUUUAACUCAUAUUUGCAACAACUUGAAGAGCCCGUGGACUUUGAACCCCUUUAUUCUAAACUUUUAAAAAACAAUAGUUGCUUGAUUUUGAGUUGGACAUAAUUUAUGAUGAUUCAAGCUUUCAGCACAAGGUAGAUACAAUCAUGUUAACCGCUCAUUUUUUAAAUCCUGUAUUAUUUUUGUUUGUUACUGUAAUAAAAACCAAGUAAAAGUUUAUUUAUAUAACCUG